CGGGCCGGGGGGAACGAACCGGGCCGGGGGCGGCCAGCCACAGCGCCCUGCCCGCGCCUCACCCGCUCCCCGCCCCCGCUGUGUCUGCUGCAGCACCGGCGGAGCGGGCGGCGGCGCGAUGGCCUCCAGCAGCGGCACCGACGUGAUCCAGGUCACCAACGUCUCGCCCAGCGCCAGCUCGGAGCAGAUGCGGACCCUCUUCGGCUUCCUGGGCAAGAUCGAGGAGCUGCGCCUCUUCCCCCCCGAUGACUCCCCCUUGCCGGUGUCGUCGCGCGUGUGCUUUGUAAAGUUCCACGACCCCGACUCGGCCGUGGUGGCCCAGCACCUGACAAACACUGUGUUCGUUGACAGAGCCCUCAUAGUCGUUCCCUAUGCUGAAGGAGUCAUUCCUGAUGAGACUAAGGCUUUGUCUCUCUUGGCACCAGCUAAUGCCGUGGCAGGGCUGCUGCCCGGGGGUGGCCUGCUGCCCACUCCCAACCCUCUCUCUCAGAUUGGUGCUGUCCCUUUAGCUGCUUUAGGAGCUCCUGCUCUCGACCCUGCCCUUGCUGCUCUUGGGCUUCCUGGAGCAAACCUGAACUCCCAGUCUCUUGCAGCAGAUCAGCUCCUAAAACUGAUGAGCACAGUGGAUCCAAAGUUGAACCAUGUGGCUGCAGGUCUCGUGUCCCCCAGUCUGAAAUCAGAUACCUCCAGUAAAGAAAUAGAAGAGGCCAUGAAGAGAGUCCGAGAAGCACAGUCCUUAAUUUCUGCUGCUAUAGAGCCAGACAAAAAAGAUGAAAAAAGAAGACAUUCAAGGUCGAGGUCGCGCUCGAGGAGGAGGAGGACACCUUCCUCAUCCAGACACAGACGCUCCAGGAGCAGAUCAAGGAGAAGGUCCCAUUCCAAAUCCAGAAGCAGGAGGCGAUCCAAGAGUCCGAGGAGAAGGAGAUCUCAUUCCAGAGACAGGAGCAGGAGGUCUCGGAGCACAUCCAAAACCAGGGAUAAAAAGAAGGAAGAGAAAGAAAAGAAGCGUUCUAAAACUCCCCCCAAAAGCUACAGCACAACCAGAAGAUCCAGAAGCACAAGCAGAGAACGGCGGCGCCGGCGGAGCCGGAGCGGGACACGGUCCCCGAAAAAGCCCAGGUCUCCCAAACGGAAAAUGUCCCGGUCCCCGUCGCCCAGAAGGCAUAAAAAGGAAAAGAAGAAGGAUAAAGACAAGGAGAGGAGCAGAGACGAGAGGGAGCGGUCAACGAGCAAGAAAAAGAAGAGCAAAGACAAGGAGAAGGAUCGCGACCGGAAAUCCGAGAGCGACAAGGAUGUGAAACAGGUCACAAGGGACUACGACGAGGAGGAACAGGGCUACGACAGCGAGAAGGAGAAGAAGGAGGAGAAGAAGGUGGCGGAUGCUCCCUCCCCCAAAGGGAAGGAGCCCGGAGCCGAGAAGGGCAGCGGGGAUCCGGGCAGGGAAUCCAAGGUGAACGGGGACGACCACCACGAGGAGGACAUGGACAUGAGCGACUGAGCCCGCCCACAGCCCCUCCAGUGUGAUCCUUUAUGCUGUACUUGUUAAUCCUCCACCUAGAUGUAUCCAGCUCCGAGCUCUCCAUGGUCUGUCCAUCCCGAUACUAACUCACACCCAAAGCUUGAGACAGGGAUCCCCUGCUCCGGGGGCCCAGCUGACAGCACGGGCUGGGCCACCCCUCCUCCCUCCCUCCCUCCCUCCCUGCUUCCCUCCCUCCGGAGUGUCCCGGGCUGAGCCAGCAGGGCCCAGCAGUGUGGGGAGUGGGGCACAGCCCUCCUGUCCUGUGGGAAUGCCCUGGGAGUGGGGCACAGCCCUCCUGUCCUGUGGGAAUGCCUCGGGAGUGGGGCACAGCCCUCCUGUCCUGUGGGAAUGCCCUGGGAGUGUGGCACAGCCCUCCUGUCCUGCAGCCACCGAGUGGCUGCCAGGGGCCUCCCGGACACUCCGGAGUCGGCCUUGGAUCGCACCAGCUCUUUGUGCUCUUGGCUUUAGUUCUGGUUUUAAGCCAUGUGCUGGGCUUGGUUGGGUUUGGGUUCCCGUUGGGUUUUGGUUGGCUUUGCCCAGGGUUCUGUGCCCUGACCUUCCUGAGGGCUCUCUCUCCAUGUCCCAGGGAGAGCUGGAACGAUCUGACCUUGGGAAGGGGAAUCCUGGCCGUGCCCAGUGAGGGAGGGUUGGGGGAGCAGCCUCGCCCAGGGCUGGGGGCUCGGGAGCUCACCCGCUGCAGCAGGGAGUGCAUUUUAAAAUGACCUUGGUCUGUUUUUAAAGCGAGUCCAUUGAUAAUGUACUUUUUACUUGAUCUCAAGUUGUACAAACGGAUGAAUUUGUGUUCCUGUCCCGGCCGUUCCCUCCCUCCCGCACUCGGUGAUCCCAUGGUAUUUGCAGAGUAGUUACCCAAAGCUGUUCCUUAGUUCCAGCAGCUCCAGAGCUUUUACUUUUGUGCAGGUAAAGAGACGAAAGUAGCCGACAGUCUGUGCCAUGUCGAUGUACAGUUUCGGAAAAUGUUUUACAAAACUUUGAUAAUAAAACCCUGAAACUUCAA